AAGAUCCACACGCACCCGUCACACACCGUCUGGCAACUCCGCCUAAACAUACGUGUCGGAAAUUUUCUGUCUUCGUGGACGAAGCCGAGAAGUUUUGUUAAGGACCUUUUCAAUUGCAUUUAAAUAGCCUAAUUCCUCCACAAGCACCGCAAUAAAACAGCCGAAGCCAUGGGCGUAGCCAGCAUGUUGCAGAUCGACGAGAUGCUGGGCGACUUCAACAGAAUGAACAAGCGUCAGUCGCUGUACCAGGUGCUGAGCUUCGCCAUGAUCGUCUCCUCGGCGCUGAUGAUCUGGAAGGGCCUGAUGGUGGUCACCGGCAGCGAGUCGCCGAUCGUGGUGGUGCUCAGUGGCAGCAUGGAGCCGGCUUUCCACCGCGGCGACCUCCUCUUCCUCACUAACUACAAGGAGGAGCCGGUGCGCGUCGGCGAGAUCGUCGUCUUCAAGGUGGAGGGCAGGGACAUACCUAUUGUGCAUCGCGUCAUCAAGCUGCACGAGAAAGAGGAUGGAUCCGUCAAGUUCCUGACCAAGGGCGACAAUAACAACGUGGACGACCGGGGCCUGUAUGCACCCAACCAGCUGUGGCUGACCAAAAAGGACAUUGUGGGCCGGGCCAGGGGCUUCCUGCCUUACGUGGGCAUCAUCACGAUCUUCAUGAACGAAUAUCCCAAGGUUAAGUGGGCCAUUCUCUCUAUUUUGGCCAUUUUCGUGCUGCUGCAUCGGGAGUAGAGGGGAUCGCUCUUAUUUUGUAGGUACAGUUUAUAAGUAGGAAGUGCACAAUCUCGAGCCUGUCUGCAUUUUCAAAUUCCUUACCACCCCAACAGUAAGACCAUUGUGCGGAGUUGAGUUUCAAUAAAGAUACGAGUAACGAUUUUUACUA